CCCCAGAGUUCAGCUCGUCCAUAUGCAGCCCUUGAAUUGAAUCUUCGACAGACUCAGUCAGUCCUGCUAUCCUCAAGUGUUUCAUGGUUCCAAUCUCAGUUGAAGUAUGGCCGAUUCGCUUUUGAAUUGCUUCCAUCCAAGCUGUUUGCUUAGGGCCAACAAAACGCAUCACGCCACUCGACGUGAUGUGCCAAGGAUGACAACAAUCAGAGGUGCCACAAAGGCUGUGCCAACCUAACGCUGGAGUAGCCAACAGGCAAUGGCCACUUAGACGGGAUUUGCCCCGAAUUCGUGCAGCUGCAUGAGACCCAUCCUGACUCUUUCGACUUCCGUGCUCAUCAGCGUGACAGCUGCUUUGUCAUCCCCAGCGGAAAUUGGUGUAUGGGUCGUCUUCUGGUAUAUCGCUGAUACCAAGCAUGCCCGUAUCAUAAAUAAGGUGCGUCCAUGUAGAUACCAAUACAGGGCAGUGGUAAUUGGCAUCCCUAUGUACACCAGUAUUGUCGCACCAAUCAGGCCAUAUCCCUUGUUGGCUGUCAAGUUGGUGUUAGGCUCGUCAAUCCAUUUCAAUAUCGUAUCAAUGAGAAAGGACUGGCAGAGUGUGAAUCUUACCAGGGCGAUGCGAGGCGCGAUUGGCAGUAAGAAGGGGACUGAUAAUGCGCGAGCAAUUGAUUUUGUCAAGCGAUUCAUGUCUCCGUGGAAACUGGUACUUUGGGUAUUCUUGGUGAAGGAUUUCUGUAGGGUUUCCACAGACACUCUUUUGUCUAGAGGAAAGAGAUCUGUUAAAUCAAGCACCUUCUUAUACCUGACAUGGAAAGUGGAACAAGCCAGAGGAAGAUGCCCAGGCCAUACAGCCCAGAGGUUUCUUCGCGGCUUUGUGCUUUCUGGUUGCAUCUGGACCGGCUAUGGUGGUGUUCCAACAAAAGCAGAAAUGCCUUCCAGACAAUGGCUGUUGUGAAAAGUCUCACACAGGUUAACUUGAAGUGGCUGUGGUGUAACAGCCAGAGUGUUCGCACUUGAGCAAUAUCAAAGAGGAUAGUCAGCGAGAGAAACACGCUGAGUAGAACUGAAGGCCGAAGCGAGCGAGAGUGCUCUAGAAAACUCAGGGCGAAGAUGGUUUUCGCCACAACAAGAUCUCAUGAGUUGGCUGUGAUGA